UUAAAGUUUAAAAAGAUUGAGGGUAAAAAUGGAAAUGGAGGGAGUAGUUGACUCACCAUGCAAUGCUUUAGAGAGGGAGGGAGGAACACGAAAAAGCGACUCCCCACUGGUAAUUAGUUAAAGUGUCGCCACAAACCAAGUUUCAAUUCUUCACCAUCUUCAUCUUCUUCUUCUCCAACCACUCUGCUCUGCUUCAUCAACCUCAAAAUCCAAAUCCCCACCAAACCAGUCUUAUAAUUAACUUGUGUGAAUUGAAGAAUUAAGCUAAUUAAGAAGACGAUGGCGAAGAUCAACAACAAUAAUAAUCUCCAGAGCACCCACACCAAAUUCAUACUCGUUCACCCUCAUCACAUUCAGAAACAGGGCCGCGUUUGGCAUUCUUGGCUCCUCGUUUCUCUUGCUUCCUUAUUCGCCCUCGCAUUCACUCUCACCUUCUUCUACGCCAGAUCCCACACCCAAACAGCCCCUGUCCCCGCCGUCACGCCUCCGGCGGCCGCCCUUCCGAAAUGGGUGGCGAGGGCACUCGUCCACUACGCCUCCGAGUCCAACGGCACAGACCGGAUGCCGUACGGGGACAUCAAGCGGGUCUCCGACGUGCUCCGGCAGUGCUCGCCGCCGCCCUGCAACCUCCUCGUCUUCGGCCUCACCCACGAGACCCUCCUCUGGCAAGCCCUCAACAGCAACGGCAGAACGGUGUUCGUCGACGAGAACCGGUACUACGCCGCCUACUUCGAGGAGAAGUACCCGGACAUCGAGGUCUACGACGUCCAGUACACGACAAGACUGAGCGAAAUCGACGGGCUGAUGUCCGCCGUCAGACGGCAGUCCCGGAACGAGUGCCGGCCGGUGCAGAAUCUUCUCUUCUCGGAGUGCAAGCUGGGGCUCAACGAUCUUCCCAACAGCCUGUACGAGGUGGAUUGGGAUGUGAUCCUGGUGGACGGGCCGCGGGGGUUUUGGCCGGAGGCGCCGGGGAGGAUGUCGGCGAUCUUCACCGCCGGGGUGCUGGCCCGGAGCAAGAAAGGGGGGAAGCCGAAGACGCACGUGCUGGUGCACGAUUACAACCGGAGAGUGGAGAUGAUGGUGAGUGAGGAGUUCCUGUGCAGGGAGAAUCUGGUGAAGUGGUCGGAGGGGAUGAUGAUUGGGCAUUUUGUGUUGGAGAAGAUGGAUCCCGACUCCUUUGAAUUCUGUCGCGGCCAUAACUCAACAUAGAUCGGCCCAUCACGAUCCAGUGCUGCAAAUCCGGCCAUGAUCGUCUUCUUUUUUUCUUCUUUCAUUCUCUCAAUCUGUAUAACUUUGUAUGAAAACUAAAUGUGAGUUAGGAUCUUUGAUUCCAUGUUAAAAGGGAAAUUUGCCAAUUUGAAUUCAUUGACUUGUUGUGCAUAGACACCCAUGGCCUCUGCCAUCAAUGCAUUCUUCGUAAUAAAGGUUUGUGCAGCCC